AUCCCCGAGGGGGCGAGGGGGAGCUCCGAGCGAGGGCCUGCUCUGCCACGGCGCGGAGCGGGGCGGGCGAUGCGGCCGCGGAGCGGGCCGGACCUGGGCUCCGUGUGGGCGCAGCGCCUCCGGCAGCUGGAGCAGCGGCUGCGAGCCAAAGAAGAAAGAAUAGUUGUCCUGGAAACUGAAAAUGCUGCUCUUCAUCUAAAGCUUGCAGAGUAUCAAGGGUUGGCUGGAAGAAGCACUCAUGAAGUAUUGCAGCUCUACUCUGCUCAUGGCCAGCAACAGAAAUUGCAGAGGAGUUCUGUUGUAACCCAGCUGCAUGGAGCAAUAAAGAGGUUUAAGCAAGACCUGAAGAGCCUCCGUUCUUUUGCUUUUGAACUUUCAAAAAAAUUUCAGCGUCAAAGCCAGACUUAUCUUUACCAAAUUUUGACAGCAGUCCAAGGGAUACAGCUGCAAAAUGAAGCAAUGCAAAUAUUUCAGAUAAAAGCUUUUGAUCUUGAGCAGUCUCUACAAGAGGUGACAGAGAGAUAUGAGAAAGAAAAGCAAAAGAGGAGAGCUCUACAUAACAGCUUAGUUGAACUGAGAGGAAAUAUCAGAGUCCACUGCAGGAUCCGUCCAUUACUACCUUUUGAUACUGCUGGGCAUUCAAUAUCACAAGACAGGCAAAGAACCUUUUCUGAAAAAGUGGCAUAUGCAGCUGAUGAUGAAACUGUCCUUGUAAAGUGUAGUCGUCCUGGUCAUACGUCAAUAAACAAGACUUUUCAGUUUGAGAGAGUUUACAAUGCUUCGGAGUCUCAAGACACAGUAUUUGCAGAUGUGGCCCCUUUGCUAACAUCUCUUCUUGAUGGGUACAAUGUGUGUAUCAUGGCUUAUGGGCAGACUGGAAGUGGGAAGACAUACACGAUGUUGGGACCACAGUUAGAGGAGAACUUUCCAUUCUCCAUAGAAGACGAAUCAGAACUUGGAAUUAUUCCUCGAGCUACUCAAGAAGUGUUCAGGCUUAUUUCUGAAAAGCCAUCAGGAAGUUACUGGGUUGAGGUUUCUGUUGUUGAAGUGUAUAAUAAUGAAAUUUUUGAUCUUCUGGCCAAAGACAGUUGUGGAAAAGUAUUUGGCGUCAAACGUGAUGUUGUCACAAACAGAGAAGGAAAGAGCGAUGUUCCGUUGCUUACGCAUGAGACUGUUGAAAAUGCAUCUGAAGUUUUGCAUUUAGUCAGCAAAAGCCUGCAGCUAAGAGUCAGGCACCCAACACUGGUGCAUGCUCAUUCCUCUCGUUCUCAUCUGGUAGUUACAUUGACCAUAACUACAGUUGAUUCUGGAGAAAACUUUGGUACUUCAUGGGAAGAAGAACAAACCAGUCAGAGAUUAAAUAAAGAGGUUUCCUGCACCUUUCCACAAAAAACGAGAGACAAUAAAUCCACCUCUUCUUCCAGACCCUCUUCACCAGCACAACUUGAAGCAACUGAGAAAAUGAAGCAAGUCAAAACUAGACUGCAGCUGGUGGACCUGGCUGGUAGCGAGUGUGUUGGUAUGUCUGGAGUGACAGGUGCAGCGCUGAGAGAGACGUCUUUUAUUAACCGCAGCUUGUCUGCCCUAGCAGAUGUUCUUGGAGCAAUAGCAGAACAGCGAUCUCAUGUACCGUAUCGGAACAGCAAACUUACACACCUGCUUCAGGACUCUGUAGGAGGUGAUGCGAAACUGUUGGUGAUGCUGUGCAUCUCUCCUGACCAAAAGUACUUAACAGAAUCAAUGCAGUCUCUGGGAUUUGGAACUCGUGCUCGGCAAGUUCAGAGAGGACAAGUGAAGAAAAAAAAUUUCCCAGUGCCGAGUAAAGCAAAAUAAAACCUAAGACUC